AUGACAAGCAUCAGUAGAUUACUUCUACUGCGCUCUUCAUCAUCAUUGAUUGUUCGAAGUGCUAUCAUUUCAUCAUCAUCAUACUCAACAUCAUUAUCAACAUUUAAACAACAACAACAACAACAACAAAGAUACUACUCAUACGCCAGACCAACAUGGGAGAACAACUCUGGUAAACUAAACAUACAGACCAGCGCCAAUGACUUUGUAGAGGUGAACCCAAUAACAAAGGAAAGGGACAUUGAAGGAUUACUAUGGGUGAACAACCUUUACCCAAUCAAGAUAUCUAGAUUCGACUUUAGAUCUCUACUGUUCCACAUACCAAUCACUGCCAAGCUGCGCACAAUGAUGCCAGACGACAUUGAGAUCAUAUCGUUUGAGCGUCGAUUCAAAGAGGGUGGCGCAUACAUUCACUUUAGGAAGAUGACCACUGAUCCCAAUGAGAACGUAGAGAACAUUGCUCAGGUGAUCAGUUCACUGUUUGUAUUGAACAACAAACACUUUCACUUUGCCUCGUCUCCUGCUCGUGCCAUGUUGGUGCGUGGUCGACCACUGGUGGAGGACAUCGACUCGUCCAUUCCAUCAUUUGUACUAAAGGUCUACUUUAAAGGCUCAGAGAUGUCCACUGACACUCUCUACCGUAUCAUCCGUCCCUAUGGACAUAUCAAAUAUAUACAUACACCAGAAAACCAACCUAAAGACGCACCAAAGUUUGUCCAUGUUGCAUUCAAACGAUUGGAAGGUGCCAUCGCAGCCAGGAAUUGCCUUCACAACAAGUACUUCCCAGAGUUAGGUACAACUGUAUUUAUGGACUAUGUCCUCAUGAUGCGAAUCAACAAACUCAAGGACAUGUUUUCCAAUCAUCCAAGGAUUAUGAUACCACUUAUUGGUAUCCUAGCUACAGUCCUGACAUUGGUACUAUUCAAUCCACUGAGAGAAUGGUUCAUGGAGAGGAAGCUAUCAGAGAAGAUAUUCUUUGCAGAGAUUGAAGAGUGGCAGACGAGAACAGAGGAGAAGUUACUCAAUUCACACUUUAACUACAGACCAAACUCAAUCGUGGUCAUAUCGGCACCAAAGGGAUCGGGCAAGUCCAGCCUGGUUGACAAGAUCAUGCAGGACAGGGAGAACACAUUGCUCAUUGAUUGCAAUCAAGAGGUGAACAACUCUGAUGAGGAGUUCAUCGAGAACCUCUCCAAAGACGUGGGAUUCUUCCCCAGUUUCUCAUUCUACGCAACAGUCUCUGGAUGGAUGGAGGCUAUCCUGCCCAUUGGCAAGGGUGUAUUCCACUCAUCAACCGCCACACAGUUGCAGACAAUACUCAAGUUGCUAGACUCAUGUCUGGAGAAGAGGGAGAAGACUUUCCCUGAGGACUCCCACACUCCCUUUCCCUAUCCACUCAUUGUGAUUGAUGGUUUCUUUGGCAUGAUCCAAGCAAUGGAGAACAAAGAAAAAGCCAACAUCAUCAUGGACUCUAUCAUUCAGUGGUCAAUCACAGUCACUAUCAAAGGAACAGCUCAUGUUGUCUUUAUCUCUUCAGAUCCAUUUGCAUCAGAUACUAUUAAGAAACAUUUGGUAUCAAGAGGAGGAGGACAAUCAACAACUAUACAUCUGGGCGAUGUGCCACCACAUUCCGCCAGAGAGUACAUUAGACACAGACUAGGAAGAGAUCUUAGUGCGCAGGACUAUGAUCAUAUCAUCAACACAUUGGGUGGAAGAUACUCUGAUCUCAACUACAUGGCUCAACGUAUCAUGUCUGGCUAUGAGGUGGACAAAGUAUUACAUUCAAUGGUGUCCAAGUGUGUUGGAGAAAUUCGUUCAGAUGGAUUCGGUCUGUCCAAACGAAGUGACGCCAAGCUCAAGGAGAAGGAGCAACCCAAGUGGACACGCCCACAACUCUGGGAGACAAUCAAGCGUAUCGCCGAGAACAAGUACGUCAGCUAUGAUGACCUAUUGUUCAAUGUCUUUCUUGGCGAUCAGUCCUCUCUAAACAACCUUAUUACUUCAAACAUCCUGCGAUUCCAAUCGAUUGACAAUGAGAGAAUGGUCACCUCAUACUCACCGCUCUACUGUGCCGCCUUCCAAUCCAUGGUGGACGAUGUAGAGUUCUGCGUUGGCAUGGACAUCUUUGCUCAAAAGUCUAGAAUCGAAGAAGAGUUGCAAAAGUUGUCCAAGGUAGAGGAUGAAUUGAUCAAGAUCAAGAAUCUAAGUGCCAACAACUGGUGGUUCGAGGAGAUCGGAUUGAAGAAACGACGUCAACUCUUGGAAAAGAAGAUGAAGGAGCAUGUCGCCAAGAUAGAGACCAGGGAGAAGAUACUAAAGAAUCACAUGAACUUCCAAAAGUCCUACCAAGCUCAAAAGAUUGAGAAGGAGAAGGAUUUGUAG